AUGCCCAAUUUCAUCACCCGUUCGUUUUUCAAAUCAUCACGAACGUAUUCCUCACCUCCCUAUGGAUGCUGGCUGAAAGGAGUCCCUUCCGAAGUUGUUUUGUAUCAUAUUCUCAUGUUUGCCGAUUUGAAAACAGUGGUAAAUUUUUUCUGUAUGAAUAAGGAAUAUUAUUUAAGUUUUAUUGAAGGUCAGUGCGAUGAUGAUCACCAGAAUGGUAAUACCACAAUGGUGAGAACUGCUGAUGCUCGCAGUGGUAAUUUGGAAAUGAGCAAUCAUUGUGACGAAAACAGUAGGACCAUGUUGGAUGCCAAUGAAUGGUGGUAUCAUUAUUGCAAAGGACUAAUACCGUCUCGAAUUUAUAAAAACACAACGAGAGAUGAACAAGAACUUGAUGAAAUUUCCAACUCGAGAGAACAUAGAAAACAAGUCGUUCAGCUAUUGUUGAAUUAUUUGGAAAUUUUACGCAUCGACAAUGGUAAAUUGCGAUUCUCUCAACCUAAUUUUUCUCCAUACAAGUGGAUAUCAUUUCUGAAAGAUUAUUUCGCCUACAGAUACUCACAACAACAUUACAAACCUAUUUUAGAUCUAGACGAAGAAGAAUCACAUGAUGAAGACCAUGUGAGCAAGAUUCUUCUUACCAAUGAUUUUCAUUCAUUUUAUAAUGCACAUACAAUUUUGAGAGGGUGUUGGGAAACAGUAUGUUCUAAACACGAAUUAUUGUGUGUAUCGAAGAAUAGUAGUACAGAAUCAAAUGAUCUGCAGACCCAUCAAGGGUCGAACAUUACAUGUUACCACUGGAUGGCUCAUCUCACUCAAUAUUCUGCAACACCAGAAAAUAGUUGGAAUAUUUUACUGGGUGUUGACAAUUUCUUCAACCCAGCUCGAACUUCCUCUAGCAUGGAUAUUCAUUAUACAAUUGGUACCAGAUUGCAUGACGAUGAACAAAUCUAUGUCAACAAAACAAAUUCAUCCCUGCAGCAAACACCUUACCCAAUUUCAAACGGAAUUGGAUAUUGUGUUCAAACAGAUGCACCACUUUUGAAUGGUAAUACUUCAUACUCAUUCAUGGAUACCAACGAUGAGGGAGAUCUUUUUGGAAUAUCAUUUUAUUUUACACCUCCAGAUACAAUUACACUCAAAAUUUUUGGAAAAGGAAGAAAUGCAGAACAAUCAUGCGAGAGAGUUGAGGAAAUGUGUGUUGUGAAUACUCAGAUUCCCACUGAUCCUUCGACACCAAUAUUCUAUCCAGCUGUAUCACUCACAUCUGGUCAGUGUGUAACCUUAUUACCUUGGAACGGAGACCUUGAUGUUUUAUUACGACAUGUAAAAGCAUUGAGAAAUAAGAAUCACUGA